UCUCUAUCCCUAUUCCAAGCCCAACCGAUGCGUACCACCAACAGUCCAUCAGAAGCCUCCGCAGCCCACCUGUCUCUCGGAUAGGUUGACAGGAUUCCUUCUCUGACCACUUUCGUUUAUUAUUCCAUCUAUAGAGAGACGAAGGGGAAGAGGAGUCCUGAACUACAACAAUGAGGGCUCUCAAACUUCUUCUCCUUGAUCUCUUGCUUCUUCUUCUGUUGCUGCCCUCCUCAUCACCUUCUUCUACUCCUCCGUUUGGGAAAGCGGCAGUGAAGGAACUGCUGAAAAGGCUGGACAGCAAGAGAGCUUCUCCUUCAAUUCAGGAGGCCGCCGCCCGGGGAGUUCUCAAGAGACUGCUCCCCACCCACCUCUCCAGCUUCCGCUUCGAGAUCGCCCCCAAGGGCAUUUGUGAGGAAUUCGGUUGCUUUCGGAUAAGCAAUAUCGACAAUUCAAGUUACGGUGGACCGGAGAUAUUAAUUCAGGGUACUACGGCAGUUGAGAUUUCAUCUGGCCUUCACUGGUAUCUAAAGUACUGGUGUGGGACUCACAUUUCAUGGGAUAAGACUGGUGGCAAUCAAGUUGCUUCAGUUCCGCCACCUGGGUCGCUUCCAAGGGUAGAGGGCCAAGGGGUGAAAGUUGAACGCCCUGUUCCAUGGAAUUAUUACCAAAAUGUUGUGACUUCCAGCUACUCUUUUGUAUGGUGGGAUUGGAAAAGAUGGGAGAAAGAAAUUGACUGGAUGGCUCUUCAAGGGGUGAACUUGCCUUUGGCAUUUACAGGGCAAGAAGCCAUAUGGCAAAAGGUUUUCCAGGAUUUUAAUGUUAGCAGUAAAGAUUUGAAUGAUUUUUUUGGUGGGCCAGCCUUUCUGGCUUGGGCUCGAAUGGGAAACCUACACGGGUGGGGUGGACCACUUACACAAAAUUGGUUGGACCAACAACUGAGACUACAAAAACACAUCCUAUCUCGUAUGAUUGAGCUUGGAAUGACUCCCGUGUUACCAUCAUUCUCUGGGAAUGUGCCGGCUGUAUUCAGAAAGAUAUUUCCAACAGCAAAUAUAACCAGACUUGGAGAUUGGAACACUGUAAAUGGUAAUCCCCGCUGGUGCUGUACAUAUCUUCUUGAUCCAUCAGAUACUUUAUUUGUUGAAGUGGGGGAGGCAUUUAUUAAACAGCAAGUGGAAGAAUAUGGAGAUAUAACUGACAUCUACAAUUGUGACACAUUCAAUGAAAAUUCCCCACCUACAAAUGAUCCGACAUAUAUCUCAUCUCUUGGAGCUGCUAUUUACAAGGCCAUGUCGAAAGGUGACAAGGAUGCUAUAUGGUUGAUGCAGGGUUGGCUAUUCUCAUCAGAUGCAGCAUUUUGGAAGCCACCUCAAAUGAGAGCACUUCUGCACUCAGUUCCCAUAGGAAAGAUGAUAGUGCUGGAUUUAUUUGCCGACGUCAAACCCAUAUGGAAAACAUCCUCCCAGUUCUAUGGUGUUCCAUAUAUCUGGUGCAUGUUACACAACUUUGGUGGAAACAUUGAAAUGUAUGGCAUGCUAGAUGCGAUUUCAUCAGGUCCUAUUGAUGCUCGUGACAGCCAAAAUUCAACUAUGGUCGGUGUUGGCUUGUGCAUGGAAGGAAUAGAACAGAAUCCAGUUGUCUAUGAGCUUAUGUCUGAAAUGGCAUUUCGGAAUCAGAAAAUUCAACCUGAGGCCUGGUUAAAGAGCUACUCUUAUAGGCGUUAUGGUCAAGCAAUACCCCAAAUUGAAGCAGCAUGGACAAUUUUAUAUCACACAAUAUACAAUUGCACAGAUGGAAUUGCGGACCAUAACAAAGACUACAUAGUUCAGUUCCCCGACUCCAGUCCAUUUCUAACGGAUUCUCAACUUUCUAAAGAAGGAUGGAUACAAAAGCUCCCAACGUUGGAGCAAAACCAUAGAUUCUCCUUCAGGGAGACCAAUGCUAAUGUGCCACAGCCACAUUUAUGGUAUUCAAACAAAGAAGCAAUCAAGGCCCUCAAGUUAUUUCUUAUUGCAGGAAAUGAUCUUGUGGGAAGUCUUACAUAUAGAUAUGAUCUUGUUGACCUUACAAGGCAAGUACUAUCAAAAUUAGCAAAUCAGGUAUAUUUAGAUGUGAUGAUCGCCUACCACAGCAAUAAUGCCAGUGCAGUAACUCUUUAUAGCCACAAAUUUUUGGAGCUCAUUGAGGAUAUUGACACACUUCUGGCUUCUGACGACAAUUUUCUACUGGGAACAUGGUUAGAAAGUGCGAAAAAUCUAUCAGUAAAUAAGAAUGAAAGAAGGCAGUAUGAGUGGAAUGCAAGAACCCAAGUGACAAUGUGGUAUGAUAACACAAAGACCAAUCAGAGUAAACUUCAUGACUAUGCUAACAAAUUUUGGAGCGGGCUAUUGAAGGGCUAUUACCUGCCGAGAGCUUCAACUUAUUUCAGUUAUGUAUCAAGAAGUUUGGAAGAGAAUGGCAACUUUCCAUUAGAGGAAUGGAGGAAGGAUUGGAUAUCUUAUUCUAACAAUUGGCAGGCAGGCACCGAAGUCUACUCAGUUAAAGCAGUUGGUGAUGCUUUGGCCAUUUCUAAAUCCUUGGCAGCAAAAUAUCUAAGCUGAUCCCUGGAGGGCUUUUAAAUUAGCUGACUUGCAGUCUCACUGCUUCACUUGCUAUUUCCAAUUUAUUGUCUUAAAAUGCAAGACUUACAUUUUGUAAAAGACAUUGUAAUUUUCUUUUGAUUAAGAUCCUCCUCAGAGAAUAAAUUUCAUGUUGGUGUAAUUGACGGGUUAUGUUAACUUUAGAUGGUUUGGGCCUGUAUUGUUUAUCAUAAAGUUAUGAAUGUCAAAUAUUGAAAACUCAAAUUUCUGGUGA